AUGACCCUCCACAACAUGUGCGGAGGGAUUAUUGAUACCUUCGGCACUGAGGAGCAGCGACAGAAGUACUUGCCCCGACUUACAAGUAUGGAACUUUUUUCGUCAUACUGCCUUACAGAACCCGGGGCAGGAUCCGACGCAGCCAACCUCUCAACAAAAGCUGUCAAGAAGGGGUCGCACUAUGUCCUUAACGGCAGCAAGGCGUUCAUUUCCGGUGCAGGCGCCUCCGAAGUGUACCUGAUUCUUGCUCGCACUAGUGGCGCGGGGCCAAAGGGUGUCUCAUGCUUCAUUGUCGAGAAGGGGUUCAAGGGUCUCAGCUUUGGCAAGAAGGAGCGCAAGGUCGGAUGGAACUCGCAGCCGACAAGAGCUGUCAUAAUGGAGGACUGUGAGGUUCCAGCGGAGAACUUGGUUGGAUUUGAGGGCCAAGGCUUUAAUAUCGCUAUGAGCGGUCUAAACGGUAGCCGACUUAACAUCGGCGCAGCUCAGGGUUCGUUGGAGGCGACGUUGGAAUAUGUCAAGGACCGCAAGCGAUCUGGUGACUCAAGUGCUGGAUUUCAAACUGAGUUCAAGUUGGCUGACCUGGCGACAAGUCUGGUCUCUUCGCGGCUGAUGAUCCGGGAAGCGGCGGCGGCCUUGGACCGAGGUGACUCGAAUGCCUCGUUGUACUCUUCGAUGGCCAAGCUGAAUGCGUCGGAAAGAUGUUUUUCCAUCAUUGACGAAUGCUUCCAGCUGCUCGGCGGAUGUGGAUAUUUGGAGGAUCACAAGCUGAAUGUUUACUUGCGGGAUGCUCGUGUGCAUCGUAUCUUGGGAGGAACGAGCGAGAUCAUGCACUCCACCACUGCCCUUGCCAAUGCUCGUGUCAAGUUGACCGCUCCUAUCAAGGACUACAUUGUUCAUAUUGAACUUACGGAACUCAUACGUUAUAACGUUGUACAUGAUGACAGUUACUUUGACCUUCGAGGUAGGCCCAAAGGCUACGCUCCAGGUCCAGGGGAUGGGUUCAAGCCCGUGCAAGACCUUGACCACUGGGGACCAGAGCGUGAUCACAAGGAAAUCUCUGUCCGACUCGAGACCAAGUCAACGGACGCCCUAAUCGAUUCGGACUACUCGAGCAACGACGAAUCUGUCGGCCGCUCGAAGUUCGUGUAA